AUGAAAGCAUCUUCUGGAUUUUCUUUCUUCAAAUUGGUUGUAAAUCUUACACCAAAAAGUACUUCAGCAACAUCCACAACUACUUCAACAAGUACUACUUCUACAACGACAACUGGUUCAACAGCAUCCACAACUACUUCAACAAGUACCACUUCUACAACGACAACUGGUUCAACAGCAUCCACAACUUUGUCAACAGCUGUAUCUCCUACAUCAAAGAGUACUUCAGUAACAUCCUCAACUGCUUCAACAAGUACCACUUCUACAACGACAACUGGUUCAACAGCAUCCACAACUUUGUCAACGGCAGUAUCUCUUACAUCAAAUAGUACUUCAGCAACAUCCGCAACUGCUUCAACAAGUGCGACUUCUGCAUCGACAACUGGUUCAAUAACAUCCACAGAUUUAUCAACGACUGCAUCUCCAACAUCAAAAAGUCAUUCAACAACAUCCGCAACAUAA